AUGGGCGCGGACAAGCAGAACGGAGUGGUGACUUAUAACAGACGACCUCCAGAGAGACCUCUGAUGAAGAGGAUCCAGUACGGGAUAUGGAACCCUGAGGAGAGAACCUUCCUGGGAAGAACAGGGAAGAGAUGGGGUGUAAUAGGUCUAAUAUAUCUGGUGAUGUACAUCUGCAUCAUCAUUUUCUUCUCCAUUUGUAUGUGCGGAAUGCUUUCUGUGAUGGACGAGCGAAUACCAUAUUUCACCCUCGCUGAUUCUAUCAUCGGAAAUAAUCCCGGUAUGGGACACAGACCUAUAAUCUUAGAUGAGGAAGCCCUCAUAUGGUACGAUGUGAAGGAUCCCAAAACAAUACAAAAAUACGUAGAUAACAUCAACGAGUUUUUGGCUCCGUACGAAAAUAAAAGUCUGCUCAUCAAUCAAGGUGUUAACCAGCACGAUUGUGGUGUGACAAAGCCACCUCGAAACGAAGUGUGCUCCUUCAAUUUAUCGCAGCUCGGACCGUGUUCUAAAGAAAAUAAUUUUGGUUUUACGAACAGGACACCUUGCAUCAUUAUUAAGUUGAAUAAGAUAUUCGAUUGGGAUCCCGUCUUCUACCACGACCCUAACGAUCUGCCUCCCAAAAUGCCUGUCGACUUAAAACAGUACAUCAACUCAACGGCUUCUCCGGAAGAACGGCGCAAAGUCUGGGUAUCGUGCGAGGGGGAGAGACCAGCUGAUGUGGAAGCCUUGGGUCCGUUAAAGUAUCACCCUUAUCCGGGUCUGUCCGAGGUUUUCUUCCCAUAUGACAACACACCUGGUUACCUCAGCCCUCUGGUUGCUGUGCAGCUGAUGAAUCCUACAUUACAUCAGAUCAUCAACAUUCGUUGCCGUGCGUGGGCACAGAAUAUAUUGUUGACGGAUAGUCUAAAGGAUCGUAAGGGAUCCACGCAUUUAGAAAUCAUGAUUGACUAA